GGUUUUUGUGGGUUUAGGGGAUGAAGAAUUUCUUUGCAAAAACAAGAAGGCUUGGAUUGGAAGUCUGAAAAAAAAAAAUGCUAAAGCUGACCACAAGGUUGUAAAUCCCCAGACUGGAAGGAGGAAAAGAGAAACAUUGCAAGCGACUGAAGUGUGUGUGGCUGCAAUGUUUGUGGGUUAGAUGAGAAACAAGCGCUGAGUGAAACAGAGAAGGGGGGGGGGGUGGCUGGUGUGAUUUGUUUGGUGUGCAGAGCCAAUAGAAAUCCCAGACUGUGAUAAUAUCCCCAUGCAGCGCCGAGAGGAGUCAGAGCGAAGUCUCCGGCUCCUUUCCCAUCUACAGGCAGAGCCGGGCUGGGACCGCGCGGCGCGGGGCGCGCUCUCGCCUCUCCUGCACCCUUGGCCGGCGCGCCUCUCUUAUGGGCGUCUGCUGGAGUCCGGCUGCGGUCGAGCUGAAGGCGGCGGCGGGAGAUCAAACUUAGACCCCGCUGCGGACUGUGUAACCCCAGAGAAAGGAGAGGGAAGGGGCGAGAAAGAAAAAGGCACCCGAGGAGGAGACUUCCAUCACGUCAUUGCAGACACACCUCUGCCGUUGUGGUGUCUUCUAGCUUGCGGCCCUCAGAGCUGAACAGGUAAAGCCACCUGAUCCUGGGCUCUCAGCCUCCAAAGGAUGUUCUGGAAGCUUUCCCUGUCCUUGUUCCUGGUGGCCGUGCUGGUGAAGGUGGCUGAAGCGCGCAAGAACCGGCCGGCGGGCGCUAUCCCCUCGCCCUACAAGGACGGCAGCAGCAAUAACUCGGAGAGAUGGCAGCACCAGAUGAAGGAGGUGCUGGCCUCCAGCCAGGAGGCCCUGGUGGUCACCGAGCGCAAGUACCUCAAGAGUGACUGGUGCAAGACGCAGCCGCUGCGGCAGACGGUGAGCGAGGAGGGCUGCCGAAGCCGCACCAUCCUCAACCGCUUCUGCUACGGCCAGUGCAACUCCUUCUACAUCCCGCGCCACGUGAAGAAGGAGGAGGAGUCCUUCCAGUCGUGCGCCUUCUGCAAGCCGCAGCGCGUCACCUCGGUCCUCGUGGAGCUCGAGUGCCCCGGGCUGGACCCACCUUUCCGACUCAAAAAAAUCCAGAAGGUGAAGCAGUGCCGCUGCAUGUCCGUGAAUCUGAGCGACUCGGACAAGCAAUGAGCGCCCCGGGCAGGACGCAGCUCAGCACCGCGCGCCCCGGCCGCCGGGUCGCGCCGCCGCCUCCUCUGUCUCUGUCCUCCGAGCUCACUCACACGCUGUCUGGUGUCCCAAGCACGUCUCCGGUGGGGAUGCUGAUGGUGUCCUUGUCACAAAUGUGGACCGCAAGGGGAGCUUUGCUGUUAUGUUUCUGACCGACCCCAGGCCCCACCUGUGCCUCUGAAACCCAAGUGGUGGGUCCAGCCCCAAGGAAGGUGCUGGGAAGCGACCACCCGUCUAGUGGUCAGGAAGGACCUUGCGGGUGACGUGCUGUGAAUCCGGCAUUGAUGUUUCCACCAUGUGGAAAAGGGAGAACUUUUCUGGCCUCACCCAACACUCCAGCUCACCCCUUUCCGGGGUUAAGUAAAGGAUGUUUCACUCCGCGUCCAAAUCUCCUGCUGGCCCCUGGACCACUGGGGAACCGACGGGUGGGCCGGGCUGGCGGUGGGGGCACCUUAAUUCUUGUGGUUCAAGGAUUCCCCUUGUCCACUGCUGUGAUUUGGGUGUUGACGUCCCUAAAGAUGUGUGCCGGCAGCGGGGUCUCCUGACAAACCUGAUGCCAAGAAGAGAGCUUGAGCCACUUGGAUCACAAAGUGGGCUUCCCUGGGAACCUUGUGCACGGCAGGCCACCUCUUCCCCCACUACCACCCCUUCUUCCAUAGCCCCCUAGUCUCCAUCUAUGGACUAAAGAUGAUCUCUGAUGUGCAUGCUAUUAUUGCUGCAGUUAGAAUAUUAUCACACACAAUGUUUCUAUAUUAAGGCUGGUUUUAUAAUUGACUUAUAUUGUAAAGAUCUGUUAAAAAAAGUAUUAUAGACCUAUCCAUGUAUUAUUUCACAUGUUUUGACGCUGGCUGUGCAGCACCAUUCCGAGAGAGGAGGAGAGCAGAUGAUGAUCUGCCCAAAAGGUGUUUUCACUCAGAAAUAAUGCUUGGUUAGCAAUUUGGUAUCUGCACCUGUUGUAGAUUGGGCAGAGAAAUGGGAAGAGUCAUGAUUUUAGUUUGAAUACUAUUUCACUUAAGGUACUAAAACAUUGCAGCACAAUGGAGAAACUGUUGAGAUGCAUGGCUGUAGAGGGGAAUUCAGUGGGAAGCUGUUAACCUGAAACUGAAAAGUACAGAUAAUGUUUAGGAUGCACUUGUGGGGUGAAGAUAUAUUAUUUUCACUAACGUGACACUAAGCAAAAAGAAUUUUUUUGUGAUAAGAGAUAUUUAAAAAUAUAAGGAGUGUGUCAUUUUGUGGCGUAGGAUAAAAUAGAGAGAGAAUAGUAAUCUAGUUGAACUGUCCUACUGAAAGCAGCUAGCUUCCUUUUUUAAAAAAGAUUUUCAAAAGCAAACAUUAGGUCAGCUUUCAUUUUUAUAAUGAACUGUGAGAGUUCUCAUGUUGUGGUUUCAUGAUAUAAGGAAGUUGGCCUAAUUUAUUUUCCUGCAAAAUGAUACUAAUUUUGGGUCCCUUUGCUAAAUUGCCCCAGGAAGGCUUCCCUGUGAGUGGUGUUUAUGAAAUCUGACAAAUGUGAAUGAGAUGCCGUUGGUGGGGAUCAGUAUCCUCUAAAAGCUUUCACUGGUUAUUCCCAAGCAAGCACUCCUGCUGAGGGAUCGGUUCUCUAGUGUGGGAGAGACCCUGUGCCGGCUGCUCUGGUUGCUGAGGCUUCUUAACACCAGGCAGUGACAGUCAAUCUAGACACAUUCACCAGGAGAACAAGGAUCAGGGUGCAGCAUGUUGGUGAAUCUGUUUCCUGUGUCUGCACUGCAAGUUUUCAUUCUGUACUAUUGUAUAGGGGACCCUGGCUUCAGCAAUGGAUAGAGGCAGCCUGGUAUCAGGAGGUAGAAAUAGAACGAAACCCUUGAGGGUUAGAAUCUAGGGAUGGAGAGGAGGUCCAAGGUCGUAGCUGAUUUUCACCUUUAGUGGAAAACCUCAAGAAGGAUUUAGUAGCAGGACAUGUGGCAGAAAAGAAGUGGAAGGAAGGAAAUCCAUGUGAUCACAUGGAGGUGAAAUGAGUAGGAGGGUAAUGGACAGGAGUAUCCGACCCAACUGCCAAGCCAAGCUCUAUCAUUUUAAUGACACAGAACCCACACAGAUAGUGGAAGGAUUAUGCUAAGAAUUCACAGAACACACACAUAAGCACACUGUCUUUGAACCCAAGUGUGGGUGUAGCAAUGAAGGCAAUAUGAUAUGCUGCAGUGUGAAGCUCCUUCUGGGGGUUAUUGUAUGUAUAAAGUUUACCUUAUAAUGGCUAAAAUUGUAUUUAAUUGUUUUUCUGUUUUGUUUAUAAAUGAAGAAAAGUUAUAAUGUAAUUAUUUUAUAGGUAUACUAUUAAAUUAUAGAACAAAUAAAGAUACUUUAGGAUUAA